GGGGGGGGGGGAAGGCGGCGCUACAAGCUGGCCUGGGGCUGAGCGAGCUUACGAAGUCACCGUGUCGGCACUCACCCGCGCGCCCGCCUCACUGCUGCUGCUAGGGGAAGGGAGGGGGGAGGGAAACUGCCGCCGCCACCACCAUCUCUUUACCCGGAAAGGCCCUCUCCGCUCUGCUACCGCCACCAUCGCCAACCUUCGUCUCCUCCUCCUCCGCCAACCGGAACCGAGUCUCCUCCCUCGGCACACACACACACACACACGCGGGCGCGCGCGCUCCCCAGCCCCGGCGAGCCCUCCCGAGCCGUGCACACAACCAAGAGGGGCGACUUGGGGAGGGGGGGGUGGGAAAGCCCAGGCUAGGCCAAGACGGGCCGGGCCGGGCCGAAGCUGCAGAGCGGGCGCCGAGCAGUCGAGAGCGGGGGGUGGGUGGGAGGGGGGAACUGGAGCCCGGGACGGGCCUGGGCUGGGCCGGGACAGGCCGCUGCCGCCGUCUUCUCCUCUGAACUAGGAUGUCCCGACAUGAAGGUGUCAGCUGCGAUGCAUGUUUAAAAGGCAAUUUCCGAGGUCGCAGAUACAAGUGUUUAAUUUGCUACGAUUACGAUCUGUGUGCAUCUUGUUAUGAAAGUGGUGCAACAACGACAAGGCAUACAACUGACCAUCCAAUGCAGUGCAUACUAACAAGGGUAGAUUUUGGCUUGCAGGAUUCUGCUAGUCUAGCCUAUGUCAACAAUGUUGUAGUCCUAGCCUUCCUAUGGAAUCAGUUUCUUAAUCUGGUCAAGAACACAGUGGGAAAUGGCAAUGGGACACUGGAAGGUCUUGAUACAAAGCACAACAUAAUGAAUACCUAUCAUUUUAAAUUUGAUAUUUGUCCAAUAUGUGCAGCAUUACCUGGAGGAGAUCCCAAUCACGUAACGGAUGACUUUGCAGCUCAUCUUACACUGGAACACAGAGCUCCUAGAGAUUUAGAUGAAUCCAGCGGUGUUCGGCAUGUACGUAGAAUGUUUCACCCAGGUCGAGGAUUGGGUGGCCCCCGCGCACGUAGAUCAAACAUGCACUUUACUAGCAGUUCCACUGGUGGAUUUUCAUCAUCACAGAGUUCGUAUUCUCCAAGCAAUAGAGAAGCCAUGGAUCCUAUAGCUGAGCUUUUAUCUCAGUUAUCUGGUGUAAGGCGUUCUGCAGGGGGACAGCUCAACUCCUCUGGUCCUUCGGCGUCUCAGUUACAGCAGUUGCAGAUGCAGCUGCAGUUAGAAAGACAACAUGCACAGGCAGCAAGGCAACAACUGGAGACUGCACGCAAUGCAACGAGGCGUACGAAUACUAGCAGUGUCACCACCACUGUUACACAAUCUACAGCAACAACCAACACGUCUAAUGCAGAAAAUAAUCAGCAGGCUAUCCAGAACUCACAAUUUCUCCUUGCCAGGUUGAAUGAUCCCAAGAUGUCUGAAGUAGAGCGUCAGUCAAUGGAGAGUGAGCGGGCUGACCGCAGCCUGUUUGUUCAAGAGCUUCUAUUGUCCACUUUGAUGCGGGAAGAAAGCUCAUCCUCUGAUGAGGAUGAACGUGGGGAAGUUGCCGAUUUUGGUGCUAUGGGCUGUGUAGAUAUUAUGCCUUUAGAUGUUGCUUUAGAAAAUCUAAAUUUAAAAGAGAGUAAUAAAGGAAAUGAGCCUCCGCCACCUCCUCUUUGAUGACAUCCCACUUCGCAGACAAUGUCCUCUGUGCUGUAUUUGCCAAUGAAAGUGGACAACAACUAUCUUGGGUUUGUUUUGGUGAUUGUAAUUUCAGGUCUGUCACUCUUGUUACAUUGUGUACAUUCAAAGGAAGAGAGAAAAAGAUAUAUAUGAUAAUCAUUUCCACUUAAAAUAAUUUUUACUUCUAGCAGGUAAAUGUAGGUUUCAGUGCAGAGGGGAACCCUCUGUGCUCUGUACUUUUGACAUGCAAAAAGGCUCUCCUAAUACUCCACAUUCAAACUGAAGAGGAAAAAAAAAAGAAAUCUCUAAUGAAGCUGCUGUGUGUAUUUAUGAAUAUUAAUAAAAACUGCUUGGAUGGUUUACCUUUACUGCAUGAGGUUUUUUGCAGCGUGCAUGAGUUUUAGUGACCUUGUCAUUUAAAAAAAACAAACCACUUUUAAAUACAAGGAGUAAAACUACAAACAACUCCCACCCCCCAAAGCUUUCCUAUUAUUCAAAGGUUACAAGACGAAGACGUUAGUGCUCAUUUAGUGAUGUGUGACCAUCAAGUAGCUUUUGAAUAAUGUAUAUCGGAACCACCUUUUUUUUUUUCGUGUGCUGUUGGCACAUCACGCAAGCUCUGCAGUGGGACCGCUUGUUGUUUUUCAGGGUGUGGCAUUUUGCUCAGUGUGUCUUUUAAUGUUGCCCUCUUUAACCAUCAAACUUUAAUGUAUGGAAUAAAUCAAGCUGGUUUUUAUGCAUCACCAGGGUAUACAAAAGUAAGACCACUGCCAAGCUUGGCAACAGGAAAUUUUGUGUACCUAGGAAUCUGCAUUGUGUACUUGUUCAGCUUUGUUUAAAGGGGUUUUUCCCCCCCUUUCUUUUUAAUGGUUGUUAUUUUUUUUUAAAAAAAAAUUCAAACUGUUGACACAUGUUUUAUUAAGGUGUAGAUGGUUCAUUUAUUCACUGUCUUAAAGUAAAAGUUAAUCUGGAUCAUAAUUGUCUUCUUUUAAAACGUUCACCGUCUUGGUCAUAUGCCUAGUUAUUUAUGUAUUUGCUUCCUAGUUGCAGACUUGUCAGUAUCAGGAGAGCUUAAGAUGAUUCCCAGACUUUUUUCAAUAUAUUGCAACUGCAUUCUUAAUGCUAAUUCCAGCACCUUUUAAUUUAUUAUUUCUUCAUAUAUUUUUUCUGGCAUAAAACAUUUUUUUUUUAAAAAAAAGCCUUUUAAUGGAAUCAUGCCACGUACAUGCCUAUACUAUUAAUCCUGUAUGUAUAAAAUGUACAGUGUUUUGUGCAUAGACUUUCAUAAUAACCCCGAGGCAGGGACAGGUGGGGGUAUUGUGGUUUGGGAUGGGUGGAGGGUGGGGCUGUGGGAAAUGGAAUGUAAAGUUAGACAAUAAAGACAAAAUUGCACACCGCUUCUGGUUAAAUCUAAACUAGGCUUAGACCACAAUCAUGUUUCUGCCUGGUUCUCUCACUUUCUUCACCCACCGUUUGCCUGUAUAUUCUUCCACUUCUGCCACAGUACAAGCUUUUUAAAAUAAAUAAUAAAAAAUAAAUUCAGAUUCAAAUAGCAGGAUAGUCUUGACAUGGAUGCUACUCUUUAAAAUGGGAAAAUCUAUUGACCGCUGUUAGUUUUGACUCCAAUUAUUUCUCUAUAAAAUACAGUACUAGAUUUGUUUUUUCUCUUUACUCUUUGAAACUGAAUGUUCUAAGGGGGGAAUUCUAAAGCUGCCCUCAGGUUAACUUGGGUGUUUAACCCGGUAGGGUUU